AUGGCUCAUUCUAAAUUACAACUUUAUAUUGUCUGCGCAUUUGCGGCAAUAGGUGGUUUCUGCUUUGGCUAUGAUACUGGUGUCAUCUCUGGUGUAUUGACCUUACCUGACUUUAUUCAAGUCAUGACCGGUGACCCCUCUGUCACUACUCUUCGUGCUAUUCAAAAAUCUGUUAUCACUGGUUUGUUAUUAGCCGGUUGUUUCGUUGGUUCUCUCUUUGCUGCCCCCUCUUGUGAAAGACUCUCUCGUAAAAUUACCAUUGUCCUUGCCUCUUCUGUCUUCAUUCUCGGCGCUGGUAUCCAAACAGGUGCUAGAAGCUAUGGUAUGAUGGUCGGUGGUCGUUUUGUUGCUGGUCUCGGUGUCGGUUCUCUCUCUAUGGCUGUUCCUCUUUACUUGUCUGAAUUGGCCCCCAAGGAAAUUCGUGGUCGUUUGAUUUCUCUUCAACAACUCAUGAUCACCAUCGGUAUCAUGGUUGCUUUCUGGGCUGGUGCUGGUACUGAAAUUCACCAUGCUUCUUGGAGAAUUCCUAUUGGUAUUCAAAUUGCUCCUGCUGCCGUCCUUGGUGUUGGUGCUCUCUUCCUUCCUUUCUCUCCUCGUUGGUUGAUUAGCAAGGGUCGCAACGAAGAAGCAUUAACUGUUCUCGCUCAACUCCACAGUAACAAUGACAAGACUGCUCCUCAUGUUGUUGCCGAAUACGAAGAAAUCAUUGCUCAGGUUGAACAUGAACGCACUGUUUCUGUCUCUAGCUAUGUCGAACUUCUCCAAGGUACCGUUCGCCGCAGAAUGUUUCUCGGUAUUCUCAUUCAAAUCUUCCAACAAUUCACUGGUAUCAAUUCCAUCAUGUACUAUGCUCCCCAGAUCUUCAUCCAAGCUGGUAUCAGCGGUAACACUGCCUCCUUGAUCGCCUCUGGUGUCAACGGUGUCUUGAACGUCUUUUCUACUAUCCCCGCCAUUCUCUUCCUUGAUCGCCUUGGUCGUCGUUUCGUCUUGAUCUCUGGCGCCUGUAUUAUGGGUCUUGCUAUGCUUCUUUGUGGUAUCGUCAUGGCUGCUACUGGCAAGGUUAUCUCAACUGAUAACGGUGAAAAGAGUAUUGAUAUGUCCGGAAACGUCCAUGCUUCCUACUUUUGUAUUGUCAUGAUCUACUUCUUCGUCGCCGGUUUUGCUUACUCUUGGGGUCCUGUCGGUUGGGUCUACCCUGCUGAAAUCUACCCUCUCUCCAUUCGUGCCAAGGGUACCUCCAUCACUACCGCUGCCAACUGGCUGAUGAACUUUGUCAUCUCUUUAUUCGUUCCCGUCAUGCUUACUUCCAUCACCUGGGGUACUUACAUCUUCUUUGGCUGCUGUUGUGCCGUCAUGGCUGUGUGUGUCUUCAUCUUCUUCCCCGAAACCAAGGGUCGUUCUCUCGAAGAAAUGGACCUUGUCUUCAGUGGUCACGUUCUUGCCUUCAAGGAUCGUUCCUUCAAUGUUCAAUCCUCUACUGUUGAUGUCAAGGAAGCCUCUGUUGUUGACACCAAGGAACAAGUUUAA